UAUAGUUUUUAGUAAGCCCUCCCAUUCGGAUCGAAACUUAAAAACACACAAAGAAAAGAGACAACGACUCUGAUCAAACCCGGAAAAUGGAGCGACUGCGAUCGUCGCAAAGCCGCGAGGUGCGGAUCGGCAACUACAGGGUGGUGAGGAAGAUCGGCUGCGGAUCCUUCGGCGACAUAUACCUGGGCAUCUACAUCCACAGCGGCGAACGGGUGGCCAUCAAGGUGGAGAGCAGCCGGGUGCGUCAUCCGCAGCUGAACUACGAGAGGCGAUUGUACAGGGCCUUGCGGCCGGCCCACGGAUUGCCCCGGAUUCGGUAUUUCCACAAGGAGCAGCACUACCAGGCGAUGGUAAUGGAUCUGCUGGGACCCUCGCUGGAGCGGCUCUUCCAGUUCUGCGAGCGGGCCUUCACCAUCAAGACGGUGCUGCUGCUGGCCGAGCAGAUGCUGCGGCGCGUGGAGUACGUCCAUGGGCGGGGCUUCCUGCAUCGCGACAUCAAGCCCGAUAACUUCCUGAUGGGCCUGGGCACCAUGUCCAAGCAGGUGUACUUGAUUGACUUUGGGCUGUCGAAGAAGUUCCUGGACAUCACGACGGGCGUGCAUAUACCGUAUCGCGAGGAGCGCCCGCUGACAGGAACCGCCCGCUACGCAUCGAUUUGCUCUCAUGCGGGCAUCGAAUCCUCGAGGCGGGACGAUAUGGUGGCCGUCGGCUAUGUCCUCAUGUACUUCAAUCGCGGUUCGCUGCCCUGGCAGGAUCUGAAGGCCUCGACGAAACUGCAGAAGUACGAGCGCAUCCACGAGAAGAAGAUAUCGGUGAGCGUGGAGUCGCUGUGCGAGGGCUUCCCCUGCGAGUUCACCAUGUACCUGAACUACUGCCGUGGCAUGGGCUUCUACGAGAAGCCCGACUACGACACCAUCUGCCGGAUGUUCCGGAUGCUCCGCAACGGGCUCAACCUGCGGCCAGGCCUCAUCUACGACUGGGACAUGCUGAUGAUGAAGUUCCACAACACCCAGAUCAAUCCGGGCAUCGGCAAGCGCGUCUUCCCGCCCAAACAGCCGGAGGACGAGGGACGCAGCGGCGAGCCGAUCGUCAAGGACGAAUUGUGCAACAUCUGGCCGUGAUGUUAAUCCAAGCCAGUGUUUUUUUUUUAAAUUAAUAGUAGCUCUA